GCGCAUUCGACGCGUCUCGCACACCGGAAACCAUGUCCUGGCCCACCGUCCCCUCCCCCUUCCUCAAGCUCUUCGAGACGUUCCCCCUGCACACAUACCCCGCGAUACCCCCACCCUCCCACCUCCGCUGCACGCCCUCCGUCCCGACGCUCUGGAUCCACCCGCCGCCUGAGCCCUCCGACUGCCUCAGCGCGGACGUGGAAUGCCUGAAGUGGCAGGCGUAUCUAGCCUUGACGCACGCGACAGCAAGGCAGCAGCAGCGCAUCGCGCUGCGGUGGGAUAUAACCGCAGAGGGCGCGCUCGAGGGGCGGCUGCCGAAUCUGCAUCUGCCGAGUGGGGAUCUGAUACCCGCGCAUAAUAUCGCUGCGUUCGAGGACGGUGCGCUCGGCGAGGAGCCGGAGAACGAGGGGUACCGCGGGUCGCAGGAGAAGGAUGAGAGCCGAGCGUGGGUCGAGCUGCUGGAGGGCGUGGUGCAUGCGGCGCUGAUCCUUGCGAGCCCGCCGAAGCCGUUCUCUCCGAUAUCGUUGUUGUCCUCGCCCGCACCGGACACGAUCGACGCGCUGCUGCCGACACCUGCGCCAUCAAUAGCGUCCGCGUCCCUUCUUCCUCUCACAUUGCCGCUGCAUCUCCCCUUACCCUGGAUCUCGAAGAAGAUGGACAGGCAGCGGGACAGCGUAUUCACGCAGUACGCUGUCGCGGUACACGCGCUGUCCGAGCGUUUAGGGACGGAUAAAUGGUUCUUGGGUUCUGACGCUCCCACACCUCUCGACGCCCUCCUCUUUGCCUACCUGCAUUGCAUCCUAACCUCCCCGCUCGACAAAUCAAAACGCGACCUUCGCGAAGAAAUAACCCGACACGUCAACCUCGUCGCCUGGGAAUGGCGCGUACGCGGGCUCGUCAGGAAGGGAUUCGUACCAGAACAGGCUGGCAAGGCAUAGCGAUACAGACGGGAUUGACUUGACUUCGAGGACGGUAUGAUAUUCCUGGUUUACCCGGACUGGCCCGUUGCACACAUUCACUUGUACUACAGUACCAUUCACCUAGUGUCACCAUAGCCACAACCCUGCUCUACGCACGCAUAUCUAUUUGCACUGCAGAUACAGCAAAAAGGGGCGAUUCGUACAUUGGUGAAGUGCGA